AUGUCGCCGAGGGGUGGCCCGGGUGGGCGGAAGAAGGGCCGCAAAGAGGGAGCCGUGGCGGGGGCGGGGGCGCGGAGCCAUAGCCAGGGGGAGAGCGGAGAGGGCGAGGACGGCGGGGCGGCUGUUGUGCUGGAGUUGGCGGAGCUCUGCCCCGAGCUCCGCUACGCCUUCCAGGUCUUUGCUCGCUAUCCCACUGUGGGGCCCCGCGUCUUCCAGAAGAUCUACCAGGUUGAGAAGAUUUCGAGAAGUAGCUCCUCAGAG